UUCUCCUCUGGCUGAGGAGCCUGUGCAGCCUCCUGCCACCCGCUCCACGCAUCGCAGCGGGACCUGGCGGGGGCACCUCGCCGAGCCGAGUCAAGCAGAGCCGAGCAGAGCCGCGCCACGCUGCGUCCGACCCUCGAGCCACUCUGAGCUGUUGCCUCUUCUCCCUGGCUGCCUCUCCUCGACCUCCACUUCUCCUCUUUCCCCUUCUCCUCUGUCUGCCCUGUCCUCCACUGUCCUGUCCUCCUCUCCCAGCUGGUCUGUCCGUCCCGGACGCGCCGCUGGCCCUCUCGGGCUCCUUUAGGGCAGCCCGCCCCGCUCCCGCUCCCGCGCCCCCGACGCCGCCGCAGUUCCAUCCCAGGAGACUGGGUCUCUGAGCAUCUAGGACUUUGCGGGCCCGGCCCGGCCCGGCCCCUCUGCCGUCUUCAUGCUCCCGACCCUGCGCGUCAUGGGCAGCCCCCGCUCGGUGCUGAGCUGUUUGCUGUUGCACUUGUUGGUCCUCUGCCUCCAAGCUCAGGUAACUGUUCAGUCCCCACCUAAUUUUACACAGCAUGUGAGGGAGCAGAGCCUGGUGACGGAUCAGCUCAGCCGGCGCCUCAUUCGGACCUACCAGCUAUACAGCCGCACCAGCGGGAAGCACGUGCAAGUCCUGGCCAACAAACGAAUCAAUGCAAUGGCAGAGGAUGGCGACCCCUAUGCCAAGCUCAUAGUGGAGACCGACACCUUUGGAAGCCGAGUCCGAGUCAGAGGGGCUGAGACAGGCCUGUACAUCUGCAUGAACAAGAAGGGAAAGCUGAUCGCCAAGAGCAACGGCAAAGGUAAGGACUGUGUCUUCACCGAGAUCGUGCUGGAGAACAACUAUACGGCUCUUCAGAACGCCAAGUAUGAAGGCUGGUACAUGGCCUUCACCCGCAAGGGGCGGCCCCGGAAGGGCUCCAAGACCCGGCAACACCAACGAGAGGUCCACUUCAUGAAGCGGCUGCCCAAAGGUCACCACACCACAGAGCAGAGCCUGCGAUUCGAGUUUCUCAAUUAUCCCCCCUUCACUCGAAGCCUCCGAGGCCAAAGGACUUGGGCUUCUGAGCCCCGAUAGGGCCCCUGCCCCCUCCCCAGGACUCUGAGUAGAGACUUUUCUCUUAAGAGGAUAACAAAGCAGCUAAACAGAAUGGAACGACAUGGGGAGGGGGGAGGGGAGUUCCUGGGUUCUAGAAGUGGAUAAUUGUUUGCUGUUGGGGGGGUUUUUUAACCAAAAAAAAAAAAGAGGCUUUAUUUUUGUAUUCCACUUGGCUGUGGUUGUCUUCUUAACUUUCACCAAAGGUCUCAUCCCUGGGACCAAACCUGCUAGUGGUGGUGGUAGUGGUGGUGGUGGUGGUGGUGGUGGUGGUGGUGGUGGUGGUUGGUGGGGGUGUCUUCCUAGGACUCCUUGAGAAGAAUGUAUAGGACUUUUAGUAGUCCCAGUGGGGCUCUUACCCCUACCCCACCCCCUACUUCUAUCUCCCCCAUCCUGGAUCUCAGUUCUGCCCUACGAGACCUCGGUCUGGAAGCCAGUUCCCCGGGAGUAGGAAGCACUGUCGAGAAGGAAGCUGGAGCCUGAAUUGGUAGUUUGGAUGUCUGUUGGGAAGUGGGGGAAUCAUGUAUCGGCUAAUAUUAAAUGAUUGAAAUAUUUAUUUAA